UAUUGAAAUAAUUUCAGAGCCGUGCUGUGGUUGCUACGACAACCAAUGCUCUCUUGGCUUUCAUCUGGCCAUGUGACAGUGACUUUGACGUCAGCUGGAGGCAGAGUCUGUGGUUUAGUCCACACAGCCAAAGGCUUGUGAGAAUCUGGUGGAUGCUGGACUUAUCUCCCUUGCUGCUGCUGCUGUUUCCCAGGGGCUGCCGAGGCAUGGGCUACUAACGCCUUGCAUUGCUACCGUGGGAGGCUACCGGUUUGCUUUAUGCUCUAAUCAGAUAAAAAUUUUUGACACCAAGAUGGGAAAACAGAACAGCAAACUACGUCCUGAGGUCAUGCAAGAUUUGCUAGAAAGUACAGACUUUACAGAACAUGAGAUCCAGGAGUGGUACAAAGGCUUCUUGAGAGACUGUCCAAGUGGACAUUUAUCUAUGGAGGAGUUUAAGAAAAUAUAUGGGAACUUUUUUCCUUAUGGGGACGCUUCUAAAUUUGCGGAACACGUGUUCCGCACUUUCGAUGCUAACGGCGAUGGAACAAUAGACUUUAGAGAAUUUAUCAUAGCCUUGAGUGUAACAUCUAGAGGUAAACUGGAGCAAAAGCUGAAGUGGGCAUUCAGCAUGUAUGAUCUGGAUGGAAAUGGAUACAUCAGUAAGUCAGAAAUGCUGGAGAUAGUGCAGGCAAUCUAUAAGAUGGUUUCUUCAGUAAUGAAGAUGCCAGAAGAUGAGUCAACACCAGAGAAAAGGACAGAGAAAAUCUUCCGUCAGAUGGACACCAAUCGAGAUGGCAAACUCUCUCUGGAAGAGUUCAUCCGAGGGGCCAAGAGUGAUCCAUCCAUAGUCCGUCUCCUUCAGUGUGAUCCUAGCAGUGCAGGGCAAUUCUAAAACAGUUCUUUGGAUGAAUUGUGUAUCUGCUUUUUGUUUUGUUUUUUUGCCAAACAACAUUCAUGGUGGUGUUGCCUCUGUAUGACCAAUUAUGCCUUCUUUUGUGGCAUCUUUUAGCUUCAUUUGUUGUGGAUUAAUUAUAAGAAUGCUGAAUGCUCUUAAUAGUUUGUCCAGAACACAGACAGAAUACUGUUUUAAAUGGACAUUGUGGUGUUAACUUGUUUAGAAGAUUUUAUUUUGUUCAAUUUUCUGUUCUCAAAAGUAAACAAGAAGGAAGAAACCUUCAGCAACACAUUAUUGCCAGAGUUUAGAAUGCUGCUUUAAUAGCUGAAAAUUCACCCACAGCAUCUGAAGCACAAUAGUGGUUGAAGUGCAAAGUGUUACAAGAGGUGCAGUAUUUGAUUUGUACAGUCUUUUUUUAUCCAGCAGGCACAAGUGAAACUACAAGACAGGAUGAGUAAGAAGUGUUAAUACAAUAAAUUAGCAAGUUCUAGCCUACUUCAGUCUCCCUACAAUGCCACGUUGUUUCAAUACUGUGAAAGUUUUUAAGGUGCAUUGAGAAGAGGGGGAAAUGAUCAGCUGUUUUUUAACAGGCUUAUGCUGAUUGAUUUAACAUGGUUUAUCUGGAAAUCAAACACAAUUUAUAAUCCCGAUUAAAACAAAAAAACAGGUGAAUGUCACCUGUUGCCAUUUCGAAUUAGUAAGUGUAAUUGUGUAUAUUACAAACUGAGUAUUGAACACAAAUUUAAGGGAGAUGUGCGUUGAAUGAGAAAUUUUCAGAUUUGUAAUAAAGCAGUUUCUACGCAGGAGACUGGGAGUUGAGCUAAGAAAUAACAUUGUGCAACCUUAAGCAGCUGACGCUGAGACAUGUCCACUGUUAUGAAUGUUCUUGUAUAGACUGGACUUUUUUUUUCUCUCUCUCUCUCUCGACACAUAGAUAAUGUGGUUCCUGUGUCUGCUUCUAAAGGUUGGAGAGCUACUAUCACAAACUGUUUUAAAGCUAGAAUUGUAGAAUUCAUAUUUCAUUUACUUUAGUGGGGUUGAAAGAUCUGUACUGAAACAAGGACAUGGUACGCUUAAUAAUAUAUAAAUGUUUUAAAAAAAUUAGAUGUAAGAGAAAACUGUUGAAUGUUUAUCUUUUCACUUGGAUGCAAAAGGAUUUCUGAAACUUGCUGCUGCAAAAUUAUUUCAUUUGGUCAGGGUCACUAUAUUCCAAGCAGUGUGUACGUUUGGGAUCUCGUAAGGAAUUUGCAAGCACUGCUUUGGCAAAAAAGCUUAGCAACGCGAGGUACUAUGCUGACUGAGUUUGAGAUAACCUGUCAUUUGUUGAGUCUGCUUUGUGAUAUGGUAGGUGAUAUAUCACUACAGUCACUGCCCAAUAUCAGGAACUUGUGAGACUGCUAUAGUAUAAUCAUUGUAUGAGGGGCAAGGGUGAUAUUCAGUUAAGUGACCUUGUAGACACUAAACCCCAACUAGCCUUAAUUUAAAAUAAACUGAGUAAAGUAGGUUAGAUCUGCUGCUGCAAUCUAGUUAAAUGCUGAUUAGCUAUCAGGAAAAAGCAGUAGAAUAUAUUAACAAGUUUUUGCUGAUCACUAGCUAGGAGAACAUAUAUCCAGUAAUUUAGGAAGGAAAAAGAUCCUUGACUUAAUUUUCAAUACCAUUUUUCUCUGUCAUGCUUAACAUAUGGAGCACAGUGAAAAUUAAUUAUAGUUAACAUAGUUAAUAAGUUCUUUCAAAUUUACUAUAAGUGGCAAAGCAAUCCUGAAUAAAAGGUCAUCGGGCCCAUUUCUGUCUCAGAUGACCUAAAGGGCUUAUCCAGAAUCAAUUUCAAUUUAAAGUGGUUACAGAAAUGCCAUUGAUGUCAUUCUCCUGCUAAAUGAGCUAAAAGACUAGACAGAGUUGUGUGUGAGAGACAGACAGAGGCACACACAAGUGCAGGUUCAAUACAUAACUUUUUUUUUUUUAGCUUUUAGCAUAGUCACUGGAAAUACUACAGUGAAAUUUCCUGGUUGGCUGAAAUGGUUUUUGCCUAUUUCCCAUCCCUGUCUUAUCCACACCCCAUUGGAGAUACUAUGCACAAAACAGAACCUUUAAAGCACUUGUGCUCUUCAAGAUAAUUUUCUGUGUUUGUCAGAAAUAGACCUCAGAGAGGCCUUGGCCCUAGAAGAAAUCUGCAGAGCUCUCUUCAUACUGAGUCAAAGGUCAGUUCUCUCCUUACUGCCUGGAGGGUCAGUUUUCAUUUGGACAAAUAUGGCUAGAUCUUUGGUUGUUGUAAAUUGCUGCAUUAAGGUGAAUGGGUCUACACUGAUUUACACCCACUGAGGAUCUGCUCCUUCAUCAAAUAUAAGCAAACAGUGCCACUGUAUCAAAGCCCUUCUUUGGGUCACUUCAUCACAUCCACUAUGUAAGAAAAAUAAAUUGGAAUAUAAAUUUUCUUAGAAAUCUGAAUACACAUUGAAAAAUUCCAAUUCCAGGUAUCAUUGCAGGCUUUUGGAUCAAAAGCAGACAAGCUAGAAAAAUUGACAUUUAUUAAAGCUGAAGUAAAGUAUGCAAAGUGGAUAGCUCCUACAAUUAAUUUUGUUUCUAAUACAGUGAAAGCAGUUGCAUGUGACUGAAACUAUUAAAAUUUUGCCUUUUUUAAGCAGCUGCGUUCCAUCUCUUUUUUUUUUUUUUUUUGUAUUAUGAGAAUCCUUUGGCCCAGAACCUAGUUCCUCAAUUUGGUGUUUGGCUGUUUUUUGACAGAAUCAAUUUGUGUAUUAGUACUUUAAACUAUGUGCUUGAAAAUGCAACCUGUGAUAUGACCCCAGGCCAGUGGAGUUGUAAUUCUUUCCACUGAAAGACUAGGAAUGUAACCCACAGCUGCAGAGGACAUAAAUAACUGGAGAUAUGGUUAUUGUAUAAACAUUUACAAAAUGCAUGAAGAUUAUUCCUUAUUUCUGCCUGCCUUUCACAAUUUAUUUUGUUUCAAAAUAUUUACUGUUCCUGUCUUACUCUGCAAGUAAUAAUUGCAGAUAUUUUUAAAAUAAUCGAUAAUUGAAUUUGUUAAAUGAAUAUCUGCAGUUUAUUGGCUAACAAAACAAACAUAGUACUGGUAUGCAUCAUUUUUUUAUUGUCUUGCUAAUUGUUGUUAUUACCUUCAGUGAUCUCUCAAAAAAAGAAUGACCAAAACAAAAUGUCACAGCAGCGUAGCCAUUUUUAAGGGAAUGAAUUAAAAUAUCUGAAUCUCAGACUGUAGACAGUACAGGCUGCUUGAUAUCACUUACGGUAACUUUGUAGAUAUAUUUUCAAUAAUACUUGUGUAUGUUUGCUAGGUAAACUUGACUGAUCUGGCAUCCAAAAAUGUAUAGUGUUUUGUGUCUAGCAUGUACACCUGGCAACUGUAAAAGUACAUAAAUUAGAGCUCUAUUUACAUGGAAGUCCUAGUGAACAGAAGUGAUGUUAGUUCCUUGCUGGGGGCCUGCCCUUGAAGGAGAGUACCAGUCAUCUGUGUAGACUAACUGGUGCACAGAAGCUAUAGCAGCCAAGCUGUAAAGCCGUUCAGUAUUCACUUUACUGAGCUCUGAAAUUGGGAACUUGAAACAGAGCCCCUAUAAAGCCAGCUAGCAUGCUCUUUUGAGCACUCUGGGUUUGAGGGAAAUGAAGCACAACCCUCUUCCAACAUCUGAAUCCCCAUGAACCCAAAGGAUUUGGAGGUCCUCUGAGACCUUCAGGUAAAGUUGCAGUAUACUUCCUACUAAGCUUCUGACUUUUGAACAUUUCUCACCAUCAUUGUUGAGUUGCCUCAUGUUUCGUUGUUUUCUGUUAUACCAUUUGACCUCGACACUCUCUCAUGUUUAAAUAUCUUAAACGUUAUCGUUGUUUUAGAACAACAGGAAACUAUGUAUAAAACUACUUUAAAUGGAAGAUGUGUAAGUGCACCUUGAAAUCUAUAAGAUGUUCACCUGGAGACAAUUAUACUAUGAUGAUCUAAAAACAUAACUGUUCCCCACACCUUUCUCAGUAUAUCUGUACUUGCUAAUGUGGUACUUGAUGAAGUUCUGUGGCCUGCAAUGUGCAGGACAUCCCACUAGAUGAUCACAAUGGGCCCUUCUGACCUUUAAAGUCUAUGACUCGAUGAGGUAAACCUGAACAUUCAAAGCUAACUUUGUAAGCUCUGAGAUGUGACCCUUUUUCUAAACCAAUGCUUAUUUUGUGAACUCAGGAAAAAGCACAGCAACAUGAGCAGAGCAGCCCAGACAAGGUAAGGGAAACAUCAGUAGCAGAGGCCACCAGCCAGCCAUAAUUCCUAGAUGUUUCAUAUUGCAGCCUGGUGUACUAACACAAAAGUAGGGUGUAGUUACACCCUGUGCUGUUGGAAGUAUGACCUUGAGGAUAGGGUCAUUUUUCUAAUGAAUCACUGUUACAAACCACCUUUUCUACAUAACUCUGCUGAUUCAGUUGGUACCUGUGGUGGGUUGGUCUUUUGGCUGCAAGAUGAAGUGUCAGGUGACAGGUGCAAGACCUGCUGGAAGUAAUAUUUUACCCAUUGUUUGCUAAGUAGGGCUUCAAACUACAGAAUAGCAGAUUUAGAUUAAAUCUCAGGAAAAACUUCCUAAGUGUAAGAACAGUAGGGCAAUGGAACAGACAUCUCAGGAGGUUGUGGAAGCUUCUUCAGUGGAGGUUUUCAAAAGCAGGCUGGGUAGCCACCUGUUGUGGAUGGUUUAGCCACAACAAAUCCUGUAUCUUUGUCGGGGAUUAAACUAGAUGACCUUUGUGGUCCCUUCUAACCCUAAGUAUCCUGGAUCUUUCUUUGCUCUGUGUUUUACUGUACAUUUAUACAUUAUUUAACAUAUUUAAAGAAGGGGAAAUUGGUUUUUGUAGACGCUAAGGACACUAUAUAAUUCUAAAAGCAUAAAGAAGCUUUGCAAACACUGGACAAACAACACUCAAGGGUGGAGGGACAAAGGUAGAACAGUAGGUUGGAACCUUAUUGUCUCUACCACCAAAACCAAGUGUAUUUCCAACAAGCUACAGGAUCACAGCAGGUGCUUGUGAGAAGAGUGAGAUAAUUAGUUCUGCUUCUCUACUAUUUUCCCCAUGGUGCAUUAGCACAUUUUUGGUAUAUUUUUGUGUUUUAUACUAGCUGUUUUAAAGACAAAGGGCCCUGCCUUGAAUAUUGUGUUGUCAUUUACACCUGCGCAAACUGAGUGUACACUGCUGCCAGAUCAGAAUUGUAUAGUUCUCCAUUCACUUUGCACAGCUGUAAAUGGCUACCAAGAUGCAAAGCAGUGGAGAAUCAGGCCCAAAGUGUGGUCUUGCACUGAAAUUCGACUAGGCUUGGCAGAAUUUUGAAUUUUUUAAUAUAAUUGUUACUGAUCAGUGCUUAUUUUUAAGGUUUUUUUUCUAU